UUUUUUCCGUCCUCCCUACAGAAGAAACACAGCCUAAUGAGCUGUCAAUAGCAGCCAGUAUUGAAGCAGUCAUAAACAAAGCCCGGGAAGAGGCAGGGGAGAAGAAAGUCGAGAGCCAAGAAUCCGGUUCUUCUGGCUCUGAUUCCAGCUCUUCUGAUAGCGAUUCGUCGGGAAGCUCGUCGUCAAGUGAUAGUGAAUCAGAUGAAAAGGAAGAAGAAGGAGAAGGAGAUGGAGAAGACAAAGGCACGGAAGGGGAUGAAGGAGAAGGAGAGGACGGGAUGGAAGCGCAGGAUGUGGAGAAUGGCCAUCAGCUCUCAGACAGCGAAGAUAAUAUUCGCUUGCCAGACAACCUUCCCACAGACCUGUUGCAGGUCAUCAACAGAUUAAAAGAAGAAGGACAUACUUGCAAGGGGUCAAGUCAGAAAUUCUUCACAGAUGCUGUCAAUAAAUUAUUAUUAAGUAUUGAAAUAAAAUUGAAUAAAUUGGGCGGACGCAAGAAGACACAGAUAUACAACCACCUUUCACAACACCUCCCAUGUGGAACGCAAACUAUAGUUAAAAGAGCAAAGAACCUUCUGGCAGAGAGGCAGGAGAAUAGAUUACGAGAACCACUCCAGAGAUUAAAGGAAGCGGUGGACAGUCACAUGCCCCUCAUGAUGGAGCAGCAUGCCCUAGAAUGCCAGAAAGCGGCAGAAUCCAACCCCCAACAGUACUGGGAGCUGUAUUAUCACUUCUGGGGUGAAAAUGGAGCCGUGCAGAAUGAGGACGAGGAGACUCAGGAUGGUGAUAAGAAGAAAUCGAGGCUUCCAAAGAAGAAAUUCCUAUUUACUGAAACCAUAAAGAAACAUUUGUGUGAAGUUGUGAGUGUUCGUGUAAAAUUUUUCCAAAUGAUGAAAAAGCGGUCAGAGACGCCAGAGGAUCACAUACGCAUGUUUUUGGAUGCAGAAGUUCGUCCUCUCUGGCCAAAGGGUUGGAUGAACGGGCGAAUAUUAUAUAAAGAAUCCACGGAAGCCCACUCAGUCAUCACGGACAAAAGUAAUAUUAGGACAACACCAGCUAAGAAGAUGGUCACACUAGGAGGUGGAAGCACCUCCAUCACCCCAACCACCCCCACACCGCAACCUCCCAAACCCUCUCUCAGUGCAACUGCAGUGCCCAAGGCAGCUUCUCCUGCAGUUACAAGCACAUGUAAGAGCGAAGUAGUGAAAAAGAAAAUUCCACCCGUUGAACCGAAACCUGCCCCGGUCUCAAAGCCUGUGGUUGAAGGAGCUGUUACAGGCAGCGGUGGCCUCAGUAUAAAAUCAGUUGAAAAGAUUAAUGAAGAAGUGCCAAAGAAGACUAGUAGUUCAGAAACUUCAACUCAUAAAGUCAGUGACGAGGAGAGUGCAACAAAAAUUAAUGCUGUCAAGCCUCCGGUUAAAAAAUCUUCCACAUCAUUCAGUGUCAUAGAUUUGUCGAGUGAUGAGGAUAAGUCAAUGAAUAGUAAAGUCGAAUCUUCAAGGGUUAAUCAGAUUACCAAGUCUAAAGACACAGAAGCUGCACAAUCCAAUAAGAAGGAAGUGUUGGCAACAUUCUCUAGUACAACAUCACUCUCGCCGAGCGUCAGUUCCUUGGCUGACUCCAAGAAAGAGGAUAAUUUGGACAAAGAAAUGGAUCUUGUCAUGAAUGAGAUACUAAUGAUUUCAAAGCAAAAAUCGGUUGAUGAAACAGCAGAAACUUUGUCUCCACAUGCAACCAAAGAGAGCCAUGUCAGCAUAGUGGUGCCUGCGGCCUCCAAGCCCCAAAAUCCAUAUCAAACGCAAGUACAAGAAACAAGCCACCAACAAAACAUGCAGCAGUCUCCAGUACAACACAAGCAUCAGCUACAUAACAGCGCUUCCAAGCAGGAUAAAGAAAAACCUGCAGAAGUGCAGCAUCAAAAGCAGGUGUCACAGCAGAGUUCACCAGUACAGCAAAAGGCUAGUCCUAUUCAACUAACUUCCCCAGUUCAGCAACAGCUCUCCCCAGUGACGAAACCACAGCCUUCGCCAACGCAGAAACAACAGCUCUCUCCAGCGCAAAAACAGCAGUCCACCUCAUCUCAAAAACAGCUGUCAUCCUCAGUGCAAAAACAGCAGUCAUCAGCCCAGAAACAGCAAGCUAAUUGUUCUAUGCAGCAACACUCAUCUUCUCAUCAGCAGCAAUCUAUGCAACAUUCGCAGUCCGUCAGUCUGCAACAGACCACAGCGCAACACUCCCUCUCCGCUCAUCAGCCCAAACCACCACAGCACACCUCGCAUCCUCAGCACCAGAAGAGUCAAACACAGGAUCAACAGCAGCAGUCUGUCAAGCAAGAGUCAAGCCAUCAGAAAUCACAGUCACAACCAUAUAGCAUGUCUCACCACCAGCAAAGCUUGGGGUCAUCGUCUUGGAAUAAGCAUGAUAUGCCACUACCAGCGAAAAAUUCAUCAGUCAGUACAAACAAAACACCUUCUUCAUGGGCAUCGGGUCAUGAAGUCAACCCAGCUAGGCAAAGGCAAACAGAAGCACUACCUAUUGUCUCCUCAUCAGAUCCAUUGGCAAACCUGAGAAUGAUGCACGGUCUCAGUGUAAGCAGCGUUACCAAAAAAUCAUCCUCAUCCUCAUCCUCAGUCUAUCACAGUCCAGCAGCUUUGGCCGCGUCAUCGACAGGAUCAUAUAGCCUAUCAGGUACCAAGAAGAGUGGAAAUAGUAGUAGCAGUGCGAUGCCCAACAUUAGUAGCAGCACCUCAUCACACAGUCGACCUGUUAGCGUUACCACCACGAAUUCUUCAAGUUAUUCUUCCAGCCAAGCCAAACAUUCUGCAUCCUCUCAUUCAUAUUCACCUCAGGCCUCCAAACACACUGCCACGCCACCCAAACCAAGCAAGAGGCUGGAUCCGUACUCUGCCUCUGUUAGUCAGUCUACAUACAACAGCAUAAGUCAAGAUCAACAGUUAAAGGCUUUCAAGCAACACCUACAGCAACAUCAACAGUCAAAUCACCAUGCAAGUCAACAGCAGCAAGAAUUAUGGCAACAAAUGAAUGCAAGUAGUUACCUUUCAGGGAUGAGCGGAAUGUCAAACACAGAAGUAUACAAGCUAAUGUCGCAGAUUGGCAAGCCGAUGGAUUCCUACACUUCCUCCUCUCAGCCAGGGCUGUAUCCGCCCAUGGGCACCCCCACGUCAGAACAGCCUCACCACUCCCUAUUUGGAGGAGCCUCAGGGGGGGCCUCACAGCCUCACCACUUGUCCCCCCACCACCUCCACCCUACUCAUGGAGGUUCUGGCCAACAUCAUGGAAAAUACUGAAGGCAGAUAGUUAGAAUAGAGUCAUCUAGUGAAGAGAACCUCGCAUAUGGCAGAUCUAAUACCUGAAUGUACAACACCAGUCUGACACAGAUCAUGUACAAAUGUUUCAAACUGGAAAUUUCAAGCGAUGGUAAAAAUUUAAUUACAAGAAUGUCAAAAUUAAAAGGUUGAGUUGAUUUCAGUCUGUAGUGGAUAAGCUCAGAUAACAAAAUUAUUUAUACAUAAACACAAGAAAUAUAGCUUAUAGAUUACCCUGAUAUCAAGAUAUAUGCUUGUCAAUCCUACUCUUUGUUGAUAUUAUGUCUUUAGAUGAAAAUAAGUUGUUGAAGUAUGAAUGUGUUAGCUAAUAUUAAAUUAAUCAGUGCAAGUGCUUUGAUAUUUGCUGACGAUGGCAGUAAAUACAAGGCAGUAUUUAAAACAGUUAAUCAAACACAAACACAGAUGGAAACACACAAAACUAAAAUAAGAACAGUAAAUACAUUAAAUACAAACACAUGCACAAACACAAACACACUCUACAAGUAAACUGUACAGACGAGGCACUGUCUCUCAUUUAUAUAUGAUGGUGACAACUUCCAUUAUAUCAAGCAUAUCAGACAAGCCACCGGUAGUGCGUGAAGAGCAGAAAUAUUUACACGAGACCAGGGUUAACUGUUGUCAGGGAACAGCUCUUUCUUUCUACAUGAUCAACACCACUGGUUAGUAAUAUUCACAUGUUGUUAUAAAUGACUUGAGAAGUGGCACUCAUUACGUAGUGUGGUAAUCUUUCAGAGGAGAUGUUCGUUUAGCAGUACACGUUUUCGGUCUGGUAUAUGAUUUAUUUAUUUGAUUUAUUUUCAGACUAUUGACAUAAGGAUUAACAUUUGAUGUAUUGAAGUACAGUUAUUGAAAUUGUUUAAAGGUCUAAGCACAGGACAAUAUUCUUUGAUUUUUUUUUUUCUUUGAUUUUUUAUUUAUUUAUUAGAAGACAUAAUAUGCAUAUACUUGCAGAUAUUUAUAAAGAACGUAAUAAGUUCAAGUAAUUUCUGAUACAGAUAUUCCUUAGUUUUAUCCAGAUUAAUGACAUGCACAUGUAUUUACAUGGGUAACUACAUAUAAUAAUUCAAAACAAAGUUAUCACAGACGGUGAAAUAAUGCUUAUCUGAGUUGAAUAAGGUGGAUCAAAAUUUGACAAUUAAAAUUAGUUGGAAAUUAAUGUUAAAAAGAUGUAUACAGGAAAACUGUAGUUCAUUAUGAUAAGUGACCAUAAUACAUGGUGAAAUGACUGAAGAUUAUGAAAUGAUAUUGAAAUAGUGAUUUUCCACGUAUAGUCGAUCUCAUAAAUUUUACAGAUUUUGUGUGUAAAGUCAGUAUAGGUAUGUGAAUGGAUCCUAGUUGUCAGUGAGAAUACUGUAUGAAAACAUUUAUUGAAUUUCUUUUGUCUGCAUAUACAGAAUUUCCAUAUAUUUUAUGUAUUUAAAUUAAUAUAAUAUGAAUGCUUAGAAAUAUUUA